AUGCGCAAGAGUCAAGAGGUUAACUACGUAGGACAUUUCGUACAAUGUCAUGAAUAUAACAAUAGAAGAGGAGGCAAGGAUAACAACGAGGGUGAUGAAAAUUAUGAAGUCAGUUCAAAUAGCGAGGGUGAUGAAAAUUAUGAAGUCAGUUCAAAUAGCGAGGGUGAUGAAAAUUAUGAAGUCCGCUCAAGUGUCCAGGGUAAAGAAAAUGAUAGAGUUCGUUUAAGAAGUAAGUAUGAUUUCUUUGUUAAAGGUAAAGGUCAAAUUCCAAAUGAUAAAGAGAGCAACUUUUGCUAUGACCACGUAAAAAAAAAUUGUAGCUAUGAUGAAAAUGAUGAAGAUUAUGAUAUUUCUGAUAGUAUGGAAAAUACAGCGAUAAAAAAUAAGAAAAAUAAUUUUCUAAGUAACAUAAUAUGUGAGCUAAAUAUGUCUCUUAAAAAUGAUAUUGUCUGUGCUAAGGAUUUGGGUGAAAAUAUUAAAAUGGUUAAAAAUAAUUUGCCAAAAAUAAAAGUAGGUAAAAAAUAUGUUGAAGUUGGACGUUUAGGUAUUUGGAAAUUAUCAAGUAGCAAAUAUAAAUCUGAUAUGAAAAAUUUAAAAGACAACAAUGCUAAUACGUACUGGCAAUCAUCUAGCCUAGGGCCACAUACAAUUACAAUACAAUUUAUAAAGCUUACUAAAAUUUCUAAAAUUUGUUUACUUUUUAAUUACUCAUUAGAUGAAUCUUAUACACCAUAUGAAAUAACGAUAAACGUAGGAAGUGAUGAAAAUCAUCUUGAGUUUCUUUGCAGUACCUUUUGUGAUGUAAAUAAAUAUCCCUUUAAUGAUCCUUUUUGGUUUAUAAUUGAUUUAAAAAAAUUCCAUUUUUUUUCAUAUCUUUACAAUUUUAACCAAAAAGUUUUAAAAAAGACAGAUUUUAUAUACUGUCAUUGCUUACAGAUUUGUAUAUUAUCUAGUCAACAUUACGGGAAAGAUACGCGCAUAAGGCAGAUCAAAGUCUUCAGUCCAAAUUAUACUUUUUAUAAAUAUGAUAAAAUGCUUACAUAA